AUGACAUUGGCAUUUAUGCCCCUGUCUCUCACCCUCAUGCUGCUGGUGACCAAUGCCAGCAGUACUUCCCCUGGAGCACCAAAGGAGCAGAGGGGGGAGCAGAGGGUGUGGGCCAAAGUGGGAGACCUGGUUGUGCUCCCCUGUCACCUGAGUCCUCAGGAGCUGCAGAGCAGCUGGAAGCAGCUGUAUGAGAAGACAGCUGUCCGCUGGGAGCGGCAUGGGGAAAGCUCCCACAAAGAGCCCCACAUGGUGCUGGAGGUGGAGUACAGUGGUCUCCUGAAAAGAGCCCGAUCCAUGAUGCCCCGAGCCUCAGUUAGGGAAACCGGCUUCCGCCAAGGGGACUUCUCCCUCUGGAUUGAGCCACUACUGAGUGACGAUGCAGGCCAUUACGAGGCGCUGGUGAGAUAUGGAAAGGAGACUCGGCGCUGCCAGUUGGAGCUGGGCAUGGUGACAGUGACUGUCAAUCCCCCAGGCCUCCUGGUGGAAACGGAGCCUCUCUUGCUAAACUGCAACUCCAGUCAUCCAGCUAAGCUUGUGGGGAUGCGCUGGUUCCAUAAUGUCAGCCUGGUCCCCAUCUCCAGCAGGUUCCGUUCCCGCCAUGGGGCUCUAUCCAUCUCCAGGACAACUGUAAGCGAUUCAGGGCCCUGGCGCUGCGAACUCACGUACUCAGAUGACGAGAGAGUUUCUGCCACAUUCAACCUUCAAAUUCUAGGUAACUCUGGCCUCCGACUCACCCUCUCAGCUCCCAGAGACCUCUGGCCUCUCACAAUAGCCUCCUCCUCUCCAACUCCUGCCUUAUUGUGA